AUGACGCUAUGCAAACAGGCAAUGGGCAGGAGUACCAAUAAAUACAUCAUUGCAGAUUCGUUGAAAACUGCCAGGGAAGGGGUCAGAAGAAACAUGUACGAGCAUAGCUUAGGACUAGUGGAUAGAUUCCUUAUCCAGGAUGAGACUCUGCAAAGGAUUGUCUCUACUCUAGCGAACAAAAAUGAUGAAAUUCACAACUUCAUUGACAUGCUGAACCAUACAAUAACAAAUGUUCAGGUAAACUCUUCUAAUGCAAUCAGCGAGUUGGAUGAAGAGUUUGAUGGUCUGUAUUCUAUAUUGGAUGAAAUGAAGGGGAGUAUGGCCAACACCAUUCAGCAAGAAGAGGCUCGUAAAAUUCAAGCUCUACAGGAUCAGCUUAGCCAGUGUAGUAAUGCCCUGGAGAGUUCUGAAGAGCUGCUGGAACUUGCUGCACAGUCAUUGGACAUAAAGGACCCUGUGGAAUUCUUAAAG